AUGGGUCGGGGAUCCCGUAAAACCCCGAAGAAGAAAUCGAAGGCCUCACGCCGGAGUUCAAGAAGUGGGAGUGCGAGUAGUAGUUCUUCAGGUGGAAGAACCCCUGGAAGAGGCGGAAGGGCAAAUAUUGUGUUGAAGAAACAGGCGAUCGUGAGUCGGUCUACUUCUUGUGAGAUUGGAGAGUAUGGAACUUCUAUACCACCAGAAACUGGUUUAAGAACAUCCCGUCGUCAGGAUAAUAUUACUCCUCAAUCUGAAUCUUCUGCGAACGAGAUAGGAUGGGGUGGAGGGGUCGAUACAGUUACUCAGAGUUUUGGGGAGGAUCUGCAAGCGAAUGGAUAUGAAUAUGAUGAGAUGGAUGUCGAUACUGAUGCAGGAUAUGAAGCGGAUCACAGUGGUAACGGAGAUACAUGGUCAUUGAAUCAACUUGUGAGAGAUGGGGUACAUGCAAUCAGAGAUUUUGUGGAGGGAGGUAUGAGAGAGGCGAGGCAGUAUCUGCCUUCGCCAGAAGAUAGUCAGGAUUUAGAGAUGUAUGGGAUGGAGGAGGAUGUGGAAGAAUCGAGAUUAGUAUCAGGGGAACAAAGUAUUGGAAAGAAUGCCCGAGAAGAACCUAAAGGUGCCGGUAUAAAAGACAGCAAACAAAAGGCGACAUUACAGGGAGGCGAUAACGGUGGUAGUGGAAAAGCUGUUGGGCCGCCGACGACGCCAGGGAAACCUAAGGAUGGUACCGAUAAAACUGAUGGCAAGAAACCAAAUAUCCCACCCCAGAAUAAGCCCAAAGUUCCUGUUAGUAAGCCUAAAAGUCCGCCUAAAAAGGUUGGAGCAAAGAGGCCUUCUGGUAAAAAGCCGGUCAACGCCCCCAGACUCCAAAGCCCAGGAAGGGGUGUAAUGCGGCCAGAUUCUCCUGAAGCAAAAGGAAGACCUACACAGAUGCAUGCAGCAAAGCCUCCAAGAUCAUGGCAACGAGGUGUUCUUAUGUUCGGAGAUAUCCUGCCCCGAGGGAUGUCCUUAAGUCAACUACGUAGACCCCCAGGACUCAACGCAGUACCUGUACCACCUUCUCCACCUGGCACACCAGCUAUCAACCUCAUCCCACCUUCUGAUGAAAGCUCUGCAACUCACAGUUUCAUCACCACCAAUAGCCUAACCCCGCCAGAACAAAAAGACUGGUUGAAUCCAAGGGCUCGCCGACCCCCUGGAGGACCACCGAUGGUACGACCAAAUUUCGGCAAAGGAGGAGGCCCUCCGGGCGACCCAGACACGCAGCUUGAGCCCAUUUUCGAAUGCCCUGGGUGUUCUGAUAGUGGUGCUAUGGUUGUUGCUGUCAUCUUGAUAUUGGUCUUCACCGUUGCAUGGGUUCUGGGCAACAAACGAAAAGACAAAAGAGUGGCCGAAGCAAAACAAAGUCGAUUAUCAAAAAUUAUGCAAUCACAAACUGCUCAAAAGGUUUUGAGCCGAAUACCUUCGGUUGUUACGGACAAAGCAGCCGUGGUAGGAAAUAAGCUAGGUAGCUUUGGCGGUAUCCUACAGACUGUCGACGAGGCGGUGCCUAUAAGUGAGCGGGUUGGCUUUGCCGACCCAGUUACAAUGGGGCGAGAAGAAAAAGUGGGGGUAGCAACAUCCGUAAACCACAGGGCGGAGGUCCUAAAACAGUUAGGCCUUCCAAGAACUGCCACGUGGGAGGAUAUAAACCUUCACAUCAACGGUAAUAAAACGACGGAAGACCAAAUCCGAAAGGCGAGGGCUACAACGACACUGUCACCGCUAUCAAGGGACCCAAUGAUCACAAAAGAUGAGCGCACUUCAUCAGUUCGAUCUCGCGUGCCUAGCAGCGAUGGCCAGAAACUUAAGCCGGAAAACUGGGAUCGCAAUGCCUGGCGCCUUUAUACACGCAUCUCAUCAGAUAUUUUUUGGUGUCCUGCGACUAACCUUAAGGAAUGUUUGCCGCCUGGACAAGGGAAUGACGCGGCUAUUUCAGAGGCGUUAGCUCAGGUUGAACAUACCCUCGAAUAUUUCGGGAACAUAGUUAAAAAGCAGAAAGAAGCACGGGAUGCUGAGAGUAGUAGGCGUACCACCAUUGCUCCAGGAAAUCGACCCGUCGUACCUCCGACUACAAGUACUCCACUAUCGUUAGUGGGCACUGUAACGUCAUUGCCAACAACUUUCCCGAUCUUUGCCGAAGUGCUAGACUGGGUGGGGUGGUUACUGAGCUGGUUCAAGGGCAUCUUGGAUUACAUUGUCACAGUCUCCAAGGGAAUUUGGGCUUUCCUCAACUAUGUUUUUCGGGGGUCUGCGCAAUGGAGAGAUUUUGUCAUUCGGCUAGAGCUAGCCAGUGGAUUCAUCAAACGAAGGUAUCUAGGGUACCUAUUCCCACAUGGGACUCCACCAGAAGCCGGAAUUUUAAACGCCCUCGCAGUUUUGGCCCUCUCGAAGUCCAGUGAGCUUCUUCAAUAUUGGUUUCCUCCAUUAAAAUACUACAUCGAUGACUCUUUUUUUAACACGCUAUUCCCAAGGAAAGCCGUCACAAUCAUUCGAGCUAUUAUCUGGUACCAACUCAGUACCGCUCAACUUUUGGUUGUAUUGAUGUGGCCAGCCGUCGUUUCUCUGGGAGUUUUACAUCUUUUCCUGAUAUGUUUGUCCCCUACAUACCGAAAGUAUUAUAGGGACCAUUCUCGACUUUCAAAGCAUGUCGGAGGAACUGAUGCCAAGAUGUUGAGUGCAAUUUGGCAAUUCACAAAUCAUAUGAUAGGUUGGAUAGAUUUGUUAUCAACCGUGUGGUUUGGAGGAUUCUUUUGGUUAGGGACUGAUCUUUUCCCUGGGCAAUGGGUACUCAAGUGGGUUGUUGUUCAUUUUUGGGGGUUCUUAAAAGCUACUUGCCGCUGGUGGGUUAGUGUACCCAUUCUAAUGUUUGAUCUGAUGACAACAAUUGCAUCGGGUGAAAUAUCGAUAGUGGGAUUUUGGAACGGUCUAGGAAGGGUUUGGCAAGAAUUCUUUAUGCCUCCCAUUAAGUUCGUCGUUUGGGUCAUCUUCAUCGCGAAGGUUACGGUUAUUGGAGCAAUUUUCAUCUUGUACAAAACGCCGGGUUACCUUUGGCGAUCACUACGAGAUACAAUUACCAGAUAUCGACGUAGGAGCCGAACUUCUGGAUCUGGUCCUCCUAAACCGCCAACCACACCACACGGUAAACGAGGAUAUCCAGGGUUGACUCCAGGUGGCGGCGGCAUUUUGACACCCGGCGGAACCCGCCACCCAGUUCCAUUUACGAUUGACAGGAAGCUGCAACAGUCCGAACGCAAAGUUUCGAAGUCCCUUCAAGUUAAAUUCAAACAGGAAGAACGUCUACGUGCGCUCCGUGUCAUGGCCGCAGAGGCUAGAUACAACAUCAGUCUGCUCAACAGCGAGCUUCUCAACCCCUCGACCGAAGUCGGUCGUGCGCACGAAGCUAGAGAUGAAAAGGAUAAUCUUGAAACGCUCCUUGAUGAAAUUAAGAUGCAUAUGGGUCUAACUAUCACCCGUGUUAUUGCGGCGACAACGACGUUUGAGCGUUCCCAAGCUGAAUACGAGCGGGACCAAAAGUCAUUUAGCAAUGGUAUUGGCCGAGGCCAGUAUAUAUCUGCCGCCUUUAGAGGGGAUUCGGCUUUUAGGGACCUAGCACCUUCUGAGGCUACCGCUGCUAUUGAAAAUACCAUCCUUGAUAUGGGAAUACAGAUUCAUGGGCAGAGACGGCUACACAACGUUCCUGAGGAACCUCUUUUAGUCCUCCCUCUAACAGUUAAUCAAGGAAUCGACGCUACUACCUUGCCCCCGACAACCGAAUCAAGACCCGAUGAGAUAAGAACUAGGCCUGUAGUACCUGGAAACAGAGGCGGGGCGGCUCAAACAGUAACAACGACUACUCCAUCCGUCACAGAACUGCCUACAGACCGUAGAACUGGGAGAACUGUACCCCAAAAUCCUCCUGCUCCCCCACCUCCCCGCGUUCCGCCUGCAGAUGGAACAGGAAGGAUUCAAACACCACUAGUAACUGAGGUACGGCCAGAGCCAGUUAGAGAGACUAGGCCGCUACCCGUUCGAGAAACCUUGUCAACGACUAUUGAAAAAGGUAUCCCACCAGUUCAAAAUACCCCGGCACCGCCACAAGGCCCCAGCGGAAUCACUCCAGGGCCUGUUAACAAUAACGCCACUACGACCAAAACAGAUACCGUUCUAGCACCAGUUCAAAACCCAGUAGUACCACCUGCUGCUGGUAAUGCUACUCCGCAACCCCCCAAUAUCAAUCCAGCUGCAAAUAGGACUAUUACUAUUCCACCGGCAGCCCAAAGCAUUCCAGCAGCGCCACAGGUUACCACUAGCGCCACUCCAGGACCAGUCAAUAGCAAUAUAACUGAAGCCAGAAUUGAGGCCCCCCCAGGACCGGUUCAUAAUCUUCCACCGGUAGUGCACAACACUGGUAGUACUGCUCCAGGCCCCCACGGUAAUAACGCUGCUGGAUCCACUAUUCUACAGCCAGUUCAAAAUACUCCAGGAGUACCACCUGGCUCCGACAAUAGUGCCCCAGGGCGUGUCAAUAAUAAUGCUACUACGACCGGAACUGAGACUGUCGCUGCGCCAGCUCAAAAUAAGCCACCUUCAGUUGUGAGACCUCAAAGACCAAUCCCGGAAACCAGACCCGCGAAUACAGAUGGAUCUACUAGACCCGAAGAGCUAAGACCUGUACCUGGUCGGAACAUAGUCUCAGAACGAAUAAGAAACAUUGCGGAACGGGCCAAUACUCCCACAGGUCGAGAACAGCGGAGAACAGAAAAUACGUCAAAUUCAACACCCGUGCCUCCUGUUACCCGAAAGAAGCCUCUAAAGGAAGACAAUAUUCCUCCUAGCCCAAUAAAAAAGCCUAGUGUAGAGUCAAGACCGUCUACAGAGCCAGUCAAUACAAACUUAUCGACAAUACUCGAGGAUACCAGUGAUGAUAAUAGUCUAUACACGCUGCCUCCUGUUUCUACUAUUCCAGCGCCUAUAGAUUUUGGUCGAGAAGCUUUCGGUGCCUCCGUCGGCACUUCUUCCUCGAUUGGGCCGCCAGGAGGCCAAAAUACUGCCCAGGGACUCUCUGGGACACAGGCCGCUGAAAAAAUCACCAGUGGUCAAAGACCUCCCGCUAGUGUUGUCCAACCUUCGCCGUUUGAAACUGGCCAGCCGGGUCCCUUUUCAACAUCCACAGCUCCUGCCCAAGCCCCAGUAGCUUCUGGGUCAAAACCUCCACCUUUCAGUACGUACAAUAAACCCCAAGACCCACCAAAGCCUAGCACACAGGGUAGCCAAAUUCCGCGUCCACCAAAGAAAGAGGAAGCGAAGCGCCGCAAGCAGUCCUCGAAGCCUCCUAAGACUGAAACUGAGGUUCCUCGACAACCUCACACAUCUGUUGAAGCCGGAGCAGUGCUUUCUCCAGUCGAUUGUAGCCCUAGGCAUUCGACAGAACAGCCGUUUGAUUUUCCACCAACCGAUACUGCGGCCACUUCACCAGGAACUGGGCGUUUGUCUUAUCCAGAUUUUGGCUUCCGGCGACCACCCGGCUCCCUAAGUCCGAGCUCGAAUAUUGAUAGAGUAGGCAUAACACAUGUCCCUUCAGUACCGUCCCCUACUGGCGCCUCAGGGUCACCGGGUACUCGGCAGCGAGUGGCGUUUGGCAACAGGUUCUCUCCGAGUCUUUUUGGCUGGAAUACAAAAGAGAGUGAGAGUCCUACAACAGGAGGCUCUUCCCGAACCACUCAGCAGUACUUGCCUCAGCAACCGGAUACGCAGCCACCAUCAUCGUCCCAGAUACUAGGCCAAAAUCCUUUCGUUAUAGAACCUUCAAAUCCCCAAAAGUCUUCAACAUCAAACAAGCCCCAGACUAGUCCAAAAAUUUCACGGAUACCACUUCCUUCGACGACACAGCCCAGCAAGUCGGAGCCAUCAAUGGCGUCAUCCUCGAUGGCGUCGACCUCCGUACUACCGCCAAGUACACCGGAGAAAAAGAUCCAGCGUACUAGAACGGAGACCCAAGCUUAUUCAAAUACCCCGCCACCAACUCUAGAAGAUUUGCUGCCUAGUGAAGAAAACACACCAAUGCGAAAAAACAUGUUCCUAGAUCAGGAAACAGCAGCUUACUAUGAACGAAAGAUAAAAGAGCAACAAGACAAAGAGGCGGAAGAGGCCAAAGAGGCUGAAGAAAAACGAAAAGCGGAAGCGGCCCCUCCAGCCCGAAGACCCGGAGAAAUAGAUCUCCUGCAACAAUUUCGAAGAGGUAGAGAAGAUAGGCUACGAGGUCAAGAGGAAAGGAGGGCUUCUCAGCAGGGACCAAAACAGACUGGAGGUGGUAGUGGCUCUAGCAAGUGA